UUGCCACCCUAGCAGCGGAGUCGGGGAUUGUGGACGUGGUCGCCACUUCCUGAGCUGCGGGGAUGGAGGCGUCGCGCUGCCGACUCGGACCCCGCGGGGACAGUGCCUUUGAAGAUGAGACAAUGAAGCUUCGACAGCUGAAACUAGAUAAUCAGAGAGCACUGCUGGAGAAGAAGCAGAGAAAAAAGCGCCUUGAGCCACUCAUGGUACAGCCAAAUCCAGAAGCAAGGCUACGUCGAUCAAAGCCAAGAGGUAGCGAGGAGCAAACUCCUUUGGUGGAACCUCAUACCCCACAGAAUGAUGUCAUCCUACAUGGCAUUGAUGGUCCAGCUGCCUUUUUGAAGCCAGAUGCUCAAGAUUUGGAAACCAAACUUCAUGUUCUUUCAGUAGGCUCUUCUGCUACAGAAGAGGAUACCGAAGGAAGUGUUGAUGGGGAAAGCACUAUGGAUACUGCGCCUAAGCCAGAUCUCCAGGAGAUUCUCCAAAAACAUGGUAUCUCAGGUAGUUUGAACUUUGAUGAAGAGGAGACUGAUGGGGAAGAAGAAGGAAAGAAAUUAUGUCAUUCGCCAUAUUCAGAUGCAGAGAGACCCAAUUCUGCAUCCAGCCAGAAAUCAACCACAGAUACAGGAGCUUAUGGUACUGCAGCCCAACAAAGUGAUAACCAGCUGGGAGAAGUGGAGAAUUUGGAGGACUUUGCAUAUAGUCCUGCCCCUCGGGGUAUUACAGUAAAGUGUCGGAUAACCAGGGAUAAAAAAGGAAUGGAUCGGGGUCUCUUCCCCACUUACUAUAUGCACUUGGAAAAAGAUGAAAAUCGGAAGAUAUUUCUUCUUGCAGGUAGAAAGCGGAAAAAGAGCAAAACAUCCAACUAUCUUAUCUCCACUGAUCCAACAGAUUUAUCUCGUGAAGGGGAAAGUUACAUUGGCAAACUCAGAUCCAACCUCAUGGGGACCAAGUUUACAGUUUACGAUCACGGUGUCAGCCCAGCCAAGGCCCAGGGUCUGGUAGAGAAGGCCUAUACCCGGCAGGAGCUGGCAGCCAUCUGUUACGAAACAAAUGUACUUGGAUUUAAAGGUCCUAGGAAAAUGUCUGUGAUCAUUCCAGGAAUGAAUAUGAAUCAUGAACGGAUCCCAUUUCGGCCACGAAAUGACCACGAGAGCUUGCUUUCCAAAUGGCAGAACAAAACCAUGGAAAACUUGAUUGAACUGCACAACAAGUCCCCAGUCUGGAAUGACGACACACAGUCUUAUGUCCUGAACUUCCACGGCCGGGUCACUCAGGCAUCUGUGAAGAACUUUCAGAUAGUCCACGAGAAUGACCCUGACUACAUAGUCAUGCAGUUUGGACGUGUGGCAGACGAUGUGUUCACCCUGGACUACAACUACCCACUGUGUGCACUUCAGGCCUUUGCCAUUGGACUUUCCAGCUUUGACAGCAAGCUAGCAUGUGAAUAAGAGAAAGAAAAAGGGCUGAGUUUUCUCACUCACAGCUUUGAGUCACUUCCUUUGCUUUUGCCCCAGGACUGAAGAGUGACUGCCUGCCCCUUUGGGAGUAAUCCCUGUAUGUAUGUAUGUGUACAUACACGUGUGCAUGUGUACAUAAGUACAUGUGCAUACACAUGCGUAUAUGUACACAUGCACCCAACUUCUCUGGGUUUCACGGACCUGGUCAGGGAUCACAGCUUAACGUGGGGGACAGACUGUUCAAAGCACAGAGAGCUUCUUGUUCAGGGCACAUUGGCGACUCCGGAAGUUAUUGCCCAACAGAUUCUGUGCCCUCAACAGUCCGAUUUCCUGUGCUUGGAAAUGUACAGCUAGAAUCAGGUUCUAAUGAGUAAAUACUUGGGUCUUUUUUCUUGAAGACCUUUCCUGAGUGGGAUAGUUCCCUAAAUUGCCUUCGGUCUUCAGUCUGCAAACUGUUUUUGUAAAUGGUCAGAGAGGCUCUCACAGCUGCUCAGUUCUGUUGUUGUAUUGCAAACACAGCCAUGGCCAGCUCAUAAACGAAUGAGUGCAGCUGUGUUCCACUGAAACAUCAUUAACAAAAACAGGCAGCAGGCCAGAUUUGGCCUGUGGGCCAUAGUUUGCUGACCCCUGCUCCAGGUAUAUUUCUGUAAGUUACCUGGGCAUCUUCCAGAAUGGACCCGUGGUCAUGACACCAUAUGAGUGGGAAAUGCAUAUCUCUGGGAAGCAAUGGUCCCAUAAAUUGGAUCUGAAAAGGCUACAUCCAUAUAGCUUUUACCUGUUUUUUAUUUUUCUAUUUUUUAUUUUUUAAGUAAGUUUUACGCCCAACGUGAGGCUUAAACUCAUGACCCUGAGAUCAAAAGUCACAUGCUCUACUGACUAAGCCAGCCAGGUACCCCUUAAAAAUUUAUUUAAAAAAAUUUUUUUUCAAAUAAGUAUUAUGCCCAACGUGGGACUUAAAAAUUUUUUUAUUUUACCUUUUGUUGUUGUUAUUAAGUAAGCCUUGCUUUUACCUUGUUUUGGUGACAGUGGUUUCCAGAGCAUCAUUUACCCUCAGAACUGGGAAAACCCCCCAUCAGUGAUCAUUUUGAGUCCACACAGGUGGCUUAAUUCUGCUGUCCUACCUGAAGUACCCAUGGGGGAAGCCAGUGCCAGCCACUUUACCCUCCCUAUGGGAAGAAGUUCUGCUCACUAGGAAAUAAAUCGGGCAUUGCACUGCCUUUAUCAGAGGGAGUGUGGUAUUUCUUUGGUGGGGCAAGCUUACUUUCCCCCUGGGGCUUGGAAGGCACUGAUGUCACAGUCCCCCUCUUCCCUUUCUUCCCUCAGAGUAGGUCGGCCAGCAGCAAUCUCAAAGUGGCUGUGGCCAAACUUCAGUUGUGAUCAGGGAUGUGAGAAACGUAUGCAGUUGUCUUAAUUUCAGUUUAGGCUGAAAGCAUAAAGUCUAGGGGUGACUUAGUCUAGUUAAGACAGGGUGAUUUGACAGUUGCCUUCAUUUCCAAUCCAGGAGUGCUUCCUACAGCUCUAUUACAUGGAGCCAUUAGUAUAAAGGGACACACACACACCUAUAGACCAUGUAAGAGGUAAGAGAACAUUAUAUCUCGAAACUUGUCAUUGUGCAGAGAGGUGGCAGGGAGGCUUUGGUGAGGACCAGCUAGCUGACUCUGAGCUCUGUGGACCUUGUUAGGUGGAGCUUUGGGCCUCUCUUCUUAACCUAAAUAUUAUCAGCUCCCUAAAGCCUGGCUCAUUGGUAGAGAUCACACUCCUGUCACUUUUCCUCACAGAUCAUAAGAGUUUUGCCAAGUCUUUCAGAUUGUUAGCACCUCCCAACAAACCAUAUGACUCUGCUUGCUACCAGUUCACCAGUCUCAGGAUGCAUCUGAAUCUUGAGAACUUGUGAGUUCUACAUUCAGCAUUGUUCAACUCCCAGUGUGCACUGAGCUGUUGGCCAGCGUGGGGCAAGGGAUCAGUGGCUGUUGGUCCAUCAUAUUUCCUUUCUGUGGACUUCCUUUUCGUCCCCGCUUCCUGUUGUUCCUUGCUCCACAUCAAAUAGCAAUGGGAAGGAAAGAGAUGUGGGAGAUGAAAAGACUCUUUACUCAUCCCCCGCUGGCAAAUCCUAUCUGCUUGGUUUUGACAUGGCUGGUUUCCAUCUCAGGCAUGCUUCCUAUCAAGUGCCUCAUUCAUAGAAGUGCCCUAAAGCCCUUCAGGCCUCUGGCACCACCGUCCUGAUGGACUGUCCGAUCAACCCUUGUUGAAAACAGAAAGCUGUUCACUUCUCUCCAGUUGCGCAUAUGACAGUGUCUGGGGAAAGGGAGCCUGAUGGGACUACUGGAUCUAAUCCUGCUUCCUCCUCUCUGUUCAGCUCAGAGACAUCUAUCCCCCAGCUCCUUGUACUUUCUGCUUAAGCGUGCAGCUGAUUGGUUUUACAUAAAUCAUAUUUAUACCUUUUGUAUGCUACAGAAAUAAAGAUAAUUUAUAUAAAAA